AUGGAGCUAGAGCCUUAUACCUACAAAUUAACCACUGAGCUACCACAUCCCCAUCACCACAUCCCCAUCACCACAUCCCCAUCACCACAUCCCCAUCACCACAUCCCCAUCACCACUUUCUCAUCACCACAUCCCCAUCUGCACUUCCCCAUCACCAUAUCGCCAUCACCACUUCCCCGUCACCACUUCCCCAUCACCACUUCCCCGUCACCACUUCCCCGUCACCACUUCCCCGUCACCACUUCCCCAUCAGCACUUCCCCAUCAGCACUUCCCCAUCAGCACUCCCCCCUCACCAUAUCCCCCUCACUACUUACCCAUCACCACAUCCCCAUCACCACUUCCCCAUCACCACUUCCCCCUCACCACUUCCCCCUCACCACAUCCCCAUCACCACUUCCCCAUCAUCACUUCCCCUCACUACUUUCCCUCACUACUUCCUCAUCACCACAUCCCCAUCUGCACUUCCCCAUCACCAUAUCGCCAUCACCACUUCCCCAUCACCACUUCCCCGUCACCACUUCCCCAUCAGCACUUCCCCAUCAGCACUUCCCCAUCAGCACUUCCCCCUCACCACUUACCCAUCACCACAUCCCCAUCACCACAUCCCCAUCACCACUUCCCCCUCACCACAUCCCCAUCACCACUUCCUUAUCACCACUUCCCCUCACUACUUCCCGCUCACUACUUCCCCAUCACCACUUCCCCUCACUACUUCCCCCUCACCACAUUCCCAUCACCACUUCCCCAUCACCACUUCCCCAUCACCACUUCCCCAUCACCACUUCCCCAUCACCACUUCCCAUCACCACUUCCCCAUCAUCACAUCCCCAUCACCACUUCCCCUCACCACUUCCCCUCACCACUUCCCCAUCACCACAUCCCUAUCACCACAUCCCUAUCACCACACCCCUAUCACCACACCCCUAUCACCACACCCCUAUCACCACACCCCUAUCACCACUUCCCCUCACCACUUCCCCAUCACCACUUCCCCAUCACCACUUCCCCUCACUACUUCCCUAUCACAACUUCCCCUCACUUGUUCCCCAUACCACUUCCCUCAAUACUUUACAAUCGUGCAGACUCACAAAUUCUAAGCAACUCUAAGAGGAAUCAUCGACAAACACACUUCCCCAUCACCACUACCCCAUCACCACUUCCCCUCACUACUUACUUAUCACCACUUCCCCAUCACUACUUCCCCAUCACCACUUCCCCUCACUACUUACUUAUCACCACUUCCCCAUCACUACUUCCCCAUCACCACUUCCCCUCACUACUUACUUAUCACCACUUCCCCAUCACUACUUCCCCAUCACCACUUCCCCUCACUACUUACUUAUCACCACUUCCCCAUCACUACUUCCCCAUCACCACUUCCCCAUUACCAUUUCCCUUAUCACUUCCCCAUCACCACUUCCCCAUCACCACUUCCCCAUCACCACUUCCCCAUCACCACUUCCCCAUCACCCCUUCCCCAUCACUACUUCCCCAUCAGAACUUCCCCAUCACCACUUCCCAUCACCAUUUCCCUUAUCACUUCCCCAUCACCACUUCCACAUCACUACUUCCCCAUCACCACUUCCCUCACCACUUCCCCAUCACCACUUCCCCAUCACUACUUCCCCAUCAGAACUUCCCCAUCACUACUUCCCCAUCAUCACUUCCCCAUCACCACUUCCCCAUCACCACUACCCCAUCACCACUUCCCCUCACUACUUACUUAUCACCACUUCCCCAUCACUACUUCCCCAUCACCACUUCCCCAUUACCAUUUCCCUUAUCACUUCCCCAUCACCACUUCCCCAUCACCACUUCCCCAUCACCACUUCCCCAUCACCCCUUCCCCAUCACUACUUCCCCAUCACCACUUCCCCAUCACCACUUCCCUCACCACUUCCCCAUCACCACUUCCCCAUCACCACUUCCCCAUCACCACUUCCCCAUCACUAAUUCCCCAUCACCAUUUCCCCAUCGCCACUUCCCUAUCACCACUUCUCGUUACCACUUCACAUAG